AUGUACAUCCGUAAAAGUGAACGCAAGGCUAUUUACCGGGCGCUGUUCGAAAGUGGUGUCUUGGUGGCCUUCGGUAACCAUCAUCCCAAGCGUAUGCACUGCGAGCUGAAGUCGAUUCGAAACUUGCAUGUUAUUAAAACAAUGGAGUCGCUUGUUUCGCGCCAUCUUGUGGUGAAACAAUUUUCGUGGAACUGGUAUUACUGGAGGCUGACGAACGACGGUAUUAUCUAUCUGCGCAACUAUCUGCAUAUUCCGGAUCAAUUGGUUCCGUCGACGCUGAUCGCUCGCUCCCGAGCCGUGCCCAAUGUGGCGAGCUGCCCGCCGACUAAUCGCGGCUUUCCCGAUCCGCGCGACGCUUCGGACCGUGGAAUUUAUCGUCGUUUGGAGCCUCGCCAGGGAUAUAACAAGCGAGAUAAUGCUGGUCCUGGAACCAACGAAAUGGUAUUCCGCGGUGGAUUUGAACGUGGACGUCGAAAUGAGGAACAUUAA